GAAUUAAGCAUUUCCGUUGCUGUCUACCAAUAUUUGUGAUCUCCACAACCAAAUGGGCGCAUACCCAUUUUGCUCGUUUGACCCAAUUGCAUCAUUGCAAUAUUACCUGCAUUCAUGUUGGGGACCCAAGUGAGAACGUUUGGCAACAGUCUUUAGUUUUCCUUGCUCUUCUUUCGCAUGAUCAUCGUAAUUUGACCUUAUUUAUUUUGCGGGACCAUUGGAAAAUCCUAAUACGUUCCACUUAUACUUUUUCACUUUUAUUUUUUGAAGAUUCGCUCCUUUCUCGUCACGUGAUUGAACCUGGUUUUUCAUGUUUUGGAUGUUGUUUAUACAAACAACAUAAAUCAGCCCAUAGCGUUGCCUUUUAUGCUAAAAAAUAUGCUAUUUCCAUGAAUAUUUGCUUGGAUAUGAUGGUAUUUAGGCCUCCCUAGUGGCACUACCCGAAAAGAGAAUCCUUCUUUGACGCCUCUCGGUAUACUUUCCUUUUAUUUUUCUCGGGUUUGACCUUCCCCGUUUUUUAAUUCCUUCUUAUCCAUUGAAAAUGAAAAAAUAAAAUUCAAAGUGUGCUUGUAUAAAUACAAGUGGAUUAUCUACACAUUUGCAGUUUCAAGUUUCUGUUGGUGAAUCUUCAUUCUGUUGGGGAAAAUGUACGCUUCUUUGGUUAUCUUCCCAGCCUUGGUGGCCUUGGCCGCCGGUCAAUAUGCUUUUCCUUUUGCUUUUGGAGGCGACACUCCUGAGGUGGCGCAUGCUAAAUCCAUGCACGCUGCGGCGCACGCCAGCGUCAUCUUGCGUAACGCCGGAUACGCUUACCGGGUACGUCGCGACGCGACGUAUCGAACGUGGACACCCCCGAGAUGGACCCCUCCACGAAGCCGCUCCACCACCAGAUCGAAACAAGUCCCUGCGCUUGCGAGGGGGAGGGGGAGGGUUGUCAAUGCUCCAAGAGGAAACGCCAGCUCAUGGGCAUAAUGACCGUCCAGCCCUACGGAUACACCGGCAUGACGUCACCCCUUAUCUACAGGAUCCGCCGCGAUGCUGACCAAGAUGAUGCGGAAUUUACGAGAGACAGGCGCCAGGUCAUGUACUCCGGGAAUCCUUACUACUACGGCUACACCGCCUUGACGUCCCCUGUCGUCUACAGGAUCCGUCGCGACGCUGACCAAGGUGACAUGGAGACCAAUAAGGAAAAACGUCAGCUCCUUUACUCCGGCAGCCCAUACGGUUACUAUGGAUACUCCUCGCCCUUCUUCGCUCGCUCUGGACUUGGAUACAGCGCCUACUAUGGAUAAUUUUGAUCACUCGAGCGACCGAUUCUCCAGGGAAAAAUGUGUGAGGGGUUAUGCCCUUAAUACCCCAAAUAUGUUGGAUGAUAUAGACUUUUCCUAUUGAUUUUGGUAGCACAGGAACUUUCGGGUUAGUAACCUAGUUUACUGGGGUACUCUCAGGAGAAAUUGGGUUACUACCACAAUUACUUGGAAAUAUCCAAGUGGGACUUUACCCUCACUACUUUUUUCCUUGUCCAUUAUGGUAAAGAAGAGCGCCGUGUUAACAGUCGGAUGUUGCCAAAAUAAUUCUAAUAAAAUACGCGUUCCAGGAAAAACGUUUUAAGCUCUUUGGAAAAAAAAACAAAAAUUCAAAGAGCUACGCAAAAACCAAUCUACAUUAUCCUACAUGUUUAAGAAAAAAUCGUGAUAGUCUAACUUUUCUUAACUUUUUUGAGGAAAUGUGGCAACAUUCGAAAGUUCGCGCAGCUUUUUGUACCUUAAUUGCACUAUAGCACUGGAACCACGACCACUUCUUACAGCUUUAAGUUUGUUCUCCUUUAAUUUCCGAGAAGGUUAGAUACAUAAUUUAUAUCUCUCAAAACUAUUAUUUCAUUUUGUUACUGCUGCUUACCGUUAUAAUCUCGUUUUCUUUGUAUAUAAAUUUGUUUUGAUAUUAAAAUACAUGAGAAAUUGCAUCACAAAAA